AUGGCGGCGGCGGCAGAGGAGGCGCGCUUCCAGACGGACAACAGCGUGUCCGCCAAGCAGCACCCCAAGCAGCAGCUCUCCAAGGCCAUGGAGCACAUGCGCUUCGCUGUGACCGUCGACCCCGUCACGCCCCCAGCGGCCACCAGCACCGCGCCCCCCGCAGAAGUCACAGCGCCUGCAGAAGCCACGUCCCCGCCCGCGGAGAACGACGCAUACGGAGUCCCCGCCGCGAUCCAGCCGCUCCGCAACCCGGCCUCGCGCUCGCACGACCCGUCCAACAACCAGAAGCGCUCCGACCCCUUCUCCUUCGGCUCGCGCACGCUCGAGGAGGGCGACAACAUCUUCGAGUUCAACGCGUGGGACAACGUCUCCGUCGACGACACGUACAAGCACUUCUCCGAGGAGCAGUUCUCCAAGCAGCGCGCCGACCCCGUCUCCGACUUCGACCGCAAGCGCUUCAACGACAACCCGGAGAAGUGGUGGAACACCUUCUACAAGAACAACAAGACCAACUUCUUCAAGAACCGCAAGUGGCUGGCCCAGGAGUUCCCCGUGCUGAGCGACAUCGGCCGCCCGGACGCCCCCGCCGCCACCGUCCUCGAGGUCGGCGCCGGCGCCGGCAACAGCGCCUUCCCCAUCCUGCAGAACAGCGCGAACCCGCGCCUCAAGAUCCACGCCUGCGACUUCUCCAAAAAGGCCGUCGAGCUCAUCCGCGAGCAUGAGCUGUACGACACCUCCAAGAUCCAGGCCGACGUGUGGGACGUAGCGGCGUCGCCCGACAGCGAAAACGCCGGCCUGCCACCGGGGCUGGGCGAGGGCAGCGUCGACGUGGUGCUCAUGAUCUUCAUCUUCUCGGCGCUCAACCCACGGCAGUGGGACCAGGCGGUGCGCAACGUAUGGCGCGUGCUGAAGCCGGGCGGCCAGGUGCUGUUCCGCGACUACGGGCGCGGCGACCUCGCGCAGGUGCGGUUCAAGAAGGGGCGGUGGAUGGAAGAGAACUUCUACGUGCGUGGAGAUGGCACGAGGGUCUACUUCUUCGAGCAGGACGAGCUGGAGAACAUCUGGGGCGGGAAAUCAUCUACCUCUACAUCAGCCACAGCCACAGCCACAGCCACUACAACGACACCACCCACAUCCACAUCCACAGAAGAAAAAGAAGAAGAAGAAGAAGAACAACAACAACAACAACAACAACAACAACAACAACAACAACAACAACAACAACAACAACAACAACAACAACAACAACAACAACAACAACAAACACAACAACAACAACAACAACAACAACAACAACAACAACAACAAACACAACAACAACAAACACAACAACAAGAAAACAAAAACGACGACGAUACCCCCACAUCCCCCUCACUCCCACGUCCAGCCUUCGACGUAGCCCACUUCGGCGUCGACCGCCGCAUGCUGGUCAACCGCCAGCGCCGCCUGAAAAUGUACCGCUGCUGGAUGCAGGCCGUCUUCAGGAAACCCGGGUCCGCGCUGGGCCUGCAGAGCGAGGUCCCUACCAGUACGCUGCGGCAGGACAAAGCGGGCGAGGGCGAGGGCGAGGGGGAAGCACAGGCAGAAGGUGAGAGUGCGUAG